AUGGAGGAAAACAUACCAAAAGCAGCUCGAGGUGCGAGGGGAACUACAGCUUCUACUUCCGCUCGAGGAGCGAAACGAACCACCCCAGCUUCAUCCUUAGGUUGUGUAGCGAAAACAACUACAACUUUUCCUUCAUGUCCAGGAGCAAUAUCAAAUAAAGCAUCCUCAUAUCGAGACGCGAAUGAAACGACAGCUUCAUCAGAAACACGAGGAGAGAAAGGAACUACAACUUUAUCACCAGCACGAGGAGCGAUAGAAACUAUAGCUUCAUCAGAAGCACGAGGAGCAAAAGGAACUAAAACUGCAUUACCAGCACGAGGAGCGAAAGGAACUACAACUUUAUCACUAGCACGAGGAGCAAUAGGAACAACCACUUUAUCACCAGCACGAGGAGCGAAAGAAACUACAGCUUCAUCACCAGCACAAACUGCGAAAGUAUCUACAGCUUUAUCACCAGGACGAGGAGCACAACGAACUACAGCUUUAUCAGCAGCACGAGUAGAGAAAGGAACUACAACUUUAUCACCAGCACAAGGAGCGAAAGAAACUACAACUUUAUCACCAGCACGAGGGGCGAAAGGAACUACAACUUUAUCACCAGCACGAGGAGCAAAAGGAACAACAGCUUCAUCAGUAGCACGAGGAGAGAAACGAACUAAAACUCUAUCAGCAGCACGAAAAGCGAAAGGAACAACAACUAUAUUCUCACGUCAAGGAGCGAUAGGAACUAAAACUCUAUCCUCCGGUCAAGGAGCGAAAGGAACAACUUCAAGUCAAGGCGCGAAACAAACUAAAUAUUCAACCUCAAGACAAGGAGUGGAAGCAACUACAUCAUCAUUCUCGAGUCAAGUAGCGAAAGCAACUACAUCAGCAUCCUCAAUUCAAGGAGUGAAAGCAACUACAUCAGCACCCUCAAGUCAUGGUUCGAACGGAACUAAAGCCCCAUCAUCCGAUCGAGAAGCGGUAGAAACUACAGAUUCAUCCUCAUAUCAAGGAGCGAAUGGAGCUACAGCUGCAUCAUCAGGAUCUGGAACGGCACAAAUAUCUACAGAUUCAAACUCAGAUGAAAGAGCGAGAGGAAAUCCUCAAUUGCAAGAUACAGAAUUGGCAGAAAUACAUGUUGAGAACUGCGUUGCAGAUGUCACGCGAGAAUCUGUUAACGAACUUCGCGCCCACGUACAUGAAAUCAUUAAUAAUAUUGAAUUGUUAGAAAUUAAUUCAAAGAGCUUGAUCGAUUCAGGCACCAUCGAUACUUUGAAAGAGCUGAGCCUGGGAGCGCUCAAAAUUAUAAGGGACCUUGAAUUGGUGGGAAUGGGUGAACAGGAGGCAAUAAUCUCAGGUGCAGAGCAUGUAAGGCGAGAAUUGGAGGCAACUUGUAUCAACAUGAAAGAUGCCAUUGAAAUAGAAAGAUUUAAGGCCAUGCAUAACUUUGAUUCUGCAACGAAAUAUAGUGUGCAGGAACUUCAUGUAACCCUAUUAGCUCGCAUAGACAAACUCGAAUCAAUGAUGGUGAAAACAAUAACACAUAAUAAAACAAUGGCUGAAAGGGAGUUCUUGAAGACACGAGACGGUAAGCGGUAUUUUUAA